AUGUACGAACUAUUCCUCACGGCCUUGGUUGAAGACAAGGACUUCAACGCAGCAUGUGCUGUCCUAAGUGGCUUCUGUGCCAUGUCACCCUGGGAGACUGUGAACAGAGUGCUCUACUUGCAAGGGCCUCCAAGACCUAGCGGCAUCACAAACCAGUCAUCCAUUGAUAAACCCCUACGGAAAGACCUGGCAUUACUAUGGAAAGAGCUUCAUCAAAGCCUCAGCCGCCAGUCAUGUAUCCUUCAGGUUAGAUACGAGAUUGUAAAAGACCGAGACAUGGGCCCCUCUGCGGCACCUAUGGAUUUGGACAGCAUGCCUGGUGUAUUGCGAUGGGCAGAUUUUCCAGAUCCUCCCCAUGGAAGACCAUUGCUUACUCAAAGAAAAAUGGUGGAAAUUUGGGAGCAAAAGAAGCUUCUGCCAAUUAUGCGAGAUAAUAAUUAUAGGUUUUUUCGAGAAGAAAUAGAGUUCUGUCUUACUCGACAGUAUUUCCUGAGAUCGAUUGGCGAUUAUGCGCCUUUGGAGUCCAGAGGUGGCCAGCAACCAAGUCCUCUCACAUCACUACCGGCCUGGGAUGCUGUAACUCCAGUCGACAUGCAAAAUCGCUGGAUCCUCCUAGUCAAAUCCCACGUUGUCCAAGACAAUAAACCAGACGACAUAAAACUAGCUCAAGAUCAAUUGUUAUCGAUUCGGGGAGAGCUAGAGGGGGCAUUUGACUUCAAGAUAAUUGACCGCAAGGUCCAUGAUACCCGGAUAGCCCAACAGCAGCAAGGGAUCCAAGCCUUGCCCCAGAAGGUUAUGCUAGGCAAGACUUAA